AUGGCUGCAGCUGUAGUAAACGGCAGCCACCAUGCUUUCAGUCUGACUUCUUUUCUCGAACAUGAGCCACAGCAGUUUCUGCAGCCGACACUCGAGCAUCAGCAGGCUGCUAUUGCUGCUGUCAAGGCUAUACUCGAUCCUCUUGCAAGUCACGUCGUAGACACCCAAACCUCGAGGCGCAACGAGAACAGAAGGAAAAGAAAGAGAGGAAGUGAUGAGACAAACGAUCCUGUAUUACAGUUGCGCCAGAUCUACACCAAUGGAGUACCCGUCAAACAAGUCUGGGAACAGGCACGAAGAGUGCUAGAUGCUGCCUGCGCUGAGAUUGAGCUAGGUAUUGACGAGCACCUCCAACAGCAUGGCGCGUCUGGAGGGCUUCUGAAUGGCAAUGUGUCUGAGGAUGGAGUCGGCUACGAACAUGACGGUAUGGAGGUUGACGAGGGUAUGGAGAUCGAUGAAGACGAUGAUAUUGGCUCGGAUCCGGAAGAGGAAGACAUUGAAGGCGAUCUGGAAGUGGGUGGAGCAGAAGAGGAGGAAGACAUUGAAGACGACAUAGAUGUCGAGCAAGAUAUGGACGAAGACUUUCACGAGACGCCACAAUCCACAUACCGUCCAGAUCCGAACAAUCUCAACGACGGCUUUUUCUCCAUAGACGACUUCAACAAACAAUCACAGUUUCUUGAGCAGAUGGAUGCUAGAGGUGACGACGAUAACCCAUCGGACGAGGACGAAGUUGACUGGGAUGCUGAUCCCCUAGCACAACCAUCGCAGAAGUCACGGACCAGUCGAGACCUUCGUAAGCAAGAGCCUGAGAAUGAAGAUACUGAGGACGAAGAGGGAGGCCCUACCUUCGGCAAUGCAGAUCUACACGCGCCAGAAACCGAUGAAGAGGGUGCGAACAGCGAGAUCGACGGGGGAGAAUUAGAAGGCAUGCUGUCUGGCCUUGUCAAUACGAACGACAUUCGUUACGCCGAUUUCUUCGAGCCUCCACCCAAGAAGCCUUCCAAAUCGAAAAGAACCAGAGCUUUGCCGAAGACACAGCCUCCUCCCGUUCGCAGUAACACAGGAGCUGACCAGCAAGAGCAGGAGAGUGACCUAGAAAGAGCAAUGGCUGACGUCCGCAGAGACCUACUGGAUUCGGACGAGGAAGUAGAUAAAGACGAAGAGGAGGUUGAGGACGACUCAGACGUCUCUGAUAGUGAUGCUCUGCCUCGCUUAUCAGCUUCGAAGAUCAGAGAUAAGAAUUUAUCAACGCAUGAAAAACAACGCCUCCAGAUUGCCGAAGAAAUUCGUCGGCUUGAAGCAUUAAAUGUGUCUAAGAAGCCAUGGACAUUAUCUGGUGAGGCAUCAGCUCAGGCUCGACCGUUGAAUAGUCUAGUCGAAGAAGACCUAGACUUUGAGCGCACUGGAAAACCUGUUCCUGUCAUUACAGCAGAAAUAAGUACAGACAUUGAAGCUCUUAUUAAGCGACGUAUACUUGCACGAGACUUCGAUGAAGUCGUGCGUAGACGGCCAACAUCUCUAGACUCUGCGGCGGAUGCUCGAAGAGGUCGUGCAGAUGUCGUGGUCGACGAUACGAAAUCCAAGGUCGGGCUUGGCGACGUCUACGAGUCUGAAUAUCAGCGAAAGACCGAUCCUACCUCCUAUGUUGACAGCCGUUCAGCAGCGACCAAGAAACAGCAUCAAGACAUAGACAAGUUGUGGAAGGAAGUACGAGACCAACUGGACAUUCUUGCAAAUCUACACAUCAAGCCCAAGAGGACAGAAAUUGAGAUCAAGACUGUCGAAGACAAGCCGAGAAUUGCCAUGGAGGACGCACGACCCGCCAUCUCGUCAGGUAUUGACGAUAACGGCACGAUGCUGGCACCACAGGAGAUAUACAAACCAGGCACAGAUUCGCGAGCUGCCACCGGAGAGGUGCUGAGCGCUAAGAGUGGUGAGACGAGAAGCAAAGAGGAAAUGACCCGAGAAGAAAAGACCAGAAGACGCCGUAGAGAGAAAGAGCGACUCAAGAAAGCUGGGCAGCAAAAGCAGAACAGUAGCACAGGACAAGCUGGCAAGUCAACGAAGCGUUCCGAACAGGCAAAGGUGCUCAAAGAUUUGCAGAAAGGUGGUGCAAAGGUGAUCGGAAAAGAUGGACAGCUGCAGGAGCUAUCUGCGAAGAAGAACAAAGGAGACAAAGAUGCAAGCAGGACCAGUACUGUCAGUGGCGGAGCUAUGAAGUUGUAG